AUGCUGCUGCUGUCGGUUCUGUUGGUCGGGCUAAACUGGGCCUCAGCUGCAAAGCUGGGCGUGGUGCAGACAGAGGGGGGUCUGGUUGAAGGACGCAGCUUCAGCGUGGGUCUCUUCAGGACCGUUGAGGUCUUUAAAGGCGUCCCCUUCGCUGAUGUUCCUGGAAAGUGGGAGAAACCAAAACCUCAUCCUGGAUGGAGCGGAAUCCUGAAGGCCACAACGUAUCGAGAUCGCUGCCUGCAGGUGACGCUGCUGCAGACAAAAACCCGGGGCAGUGAGGACUGUCUCUACCUCAACAUUUUUAUUCCACAUGGACUCUCUGUGUCCACCAACCUUCCAGUGAUGGUUUACCUGUUUGGAGGAGCCUUUCUUCUGGGAUCAUCCAAUGAUUUGGCAAUUCUUGGAGAUUCUCUUUAUGAUGGAAAAGAGAUGGCUGACAGGGGUGGGGUUAUUGUCGUCACGGUGAACUAUAGAGUUGGUACGCUGGGUUUCCUCAGUACUGGAGAUUCACGGCUCCCAGGCAACUACGGUCUGUGGGACCAGCAUGCCGCCAUCUCUUGGGUUCGCAGGAACAUCAGGGGCUUUGGAGGAAACCCUGACAACCUCACCAUCUUCGGCCAGUCAGCUGGAGCAGCCAGUGUUAGCUUCCAGAUGCUGUCUCCCUACAGUAAAGGUUUGUUCCGCAGAGCCAUCACUCAGUGUGGAGUGGCCCUCAGUCCCUGGGCCCUGCAGAAGAACCCCAUGGCUCUCACCAAGAAGAUUGCUCGUAAGGUUGGCUGUUGGAGAACCGAUGAAGAUGAAAUGCUGACGUGCCUGAAGAUGAGCGACCCGGUCGGUUUGACCAUGGCGGGGAAAAUUGACAUCAUGCUUAUUUUAGGCAAAGGUGUUGUCAUGGACAUGCUCGAGCUCUCCCCAGUGGUUGAUGGGGAUUUCAUACCUGAUGAGCCCAGUAACCUGUUUCACAACGCGGCUCGGUUUGAUUACCUGGCAGGUGUGAACAGCAUGGACGGACACAUAUUUGCAGGAGUCGAUGUUCCAUCCAUCAACAGCAAAAAAGCCAAUACCACAGCGGAGCAAGUCAAAGGUCUUCUGGCUGGUUUGACUAAAGAAAAAGGGAACGCUGCUAUCCCCUCGGCCUUCAGCGUUUACUCGGUUCACUGGGGUUUGGCUCCAGAUCCAGCCAUAGUGAAGAAGACGGUGGCCGACAUCGAGACAGACUUCCUGUUCCUGGUCCCAACCCAGACCGCCCUCCAGCUCCACGCCAACAACUCUAGUGGCGCCCAUACAUACUCGUACCUGUUCAACAUGAAGACUCGGAUUCCCGGGUUCCCCCGCUGGGUGGAGGCGGAGCACGCCGAGGACCUGCAGUACCUGUUCGGUAAACCGUUCUCCACCCCGCUCGUCUACUUCCCCCGACACAGAGACCUGUCUGGCUACAUGAUCGCCUACUGGACCAACUUCGCCAAGACUGGUGACCCUAACAGAGGAGACAGCAGAGUCCCAGUUCCUUGGCCACUUUUCACCAAAAACCACCGACCAUACCUGAUCAUCAACCACGACAUGAGCAAGUACUCCGUCAGCUAUGACCUGAGGUCGUACUACGUGAACUACUGGACUGAAACCUACAGCCGCCUGCCAACAGCAAAGACGGCAGAGGAAGACGAGCAUCUCUGA